AGGCUCGUGGAUGUUUGUCGCCGCGCGUUGAAAAGCGUGCUGGCUAUGUGAGAUACGAUCGGAGAAGGCGUGGGCGCGGCCACGCGCCGCGGAUCAAUACUCGUGCGGUUCGGCGGCGCGGGUUACACCCCGUGACGAACGGGGGUGUAAUCGCCAGCGGUGCUCAACGCUCGGCCUCCACGCAAACCUCGACGAAGGUUCCAUUUAGCGCUUACAGCGCUCGCGAGCAUUAUUUGUCCUUGUUCGACAUUCGAUAAACAACAAGGAUGAAAUUAUUCCAUGAGCGUUGCGAGCGUCAAGUGGAACGCACCCAAGAAAUAGGCUCUCCAUCCGUUUCACUCAUGUCGGACGGAUGCGCCGCUGAUUCGAACUUCUCGGCUAAUUACGCGUCCUGACUUAAUUCAGGCGAGCCUGAUUCAUCGCGACGAGAAACGGCCUUCGCGAAACGAAGCGAAGAAGCAACGCGGCGUGAGAGAACGACGGAGCACCCCUGCGAUAGGCGGACUACUCGUCGAUCGUGAAAAACGCGCGGGAUUCGAAUGGUGAACGUGAAAUUGAUCCGCGGUUCUUCACGACGACGCGAAAACGCGAGCGGAAGAUAAAAUUGCACAUCGGCCGGUCAAGCUCUCGAGUUCUCCCCCGAUCGUAUCUGUCGUGUUUACGAGGAAAACGAUCGUUACGACGAAAUCGCGUCGAGGACCGUUCGAGUCUCGCGCUCCGGGUCACGCCACGUUCGAACGUUCCUGGCCAAUCGGCGACGGCACAGUGACGUUACGCUGCGCGCGCAGGACGUUCUCAUUCAACCCUCGGAUCUGAUGAGUCGGAUCUCGCUGCGCUCCGCAAUUUAUCCGCUUCUCGUCCUGCGAAUGCUUCCCGCGAGCUCGAGACGCUCGAGUGUACUCGGUUGUCUACGCUAAAACACUUAAAGAAGCUGCAUUCGCGCUAGCAAGCUUAAGCUGCAAGACCGUGUUGAUGUGGUUUGAACGCGUGAUAUUUCUUGGAUCGUUGGAAAAAAAGCGAUAGGUACCAUAAAAAUAGACAAGAGCGAAGCAAUUAGGGUGUUGACAAUUAAUUUCUAAUUGAUAUUAACCGACAACUUCGGGAUGACAUCUAAAGUGCUAAUGAAACUGCCAACAGUGCCCUUCCCUCAAGGGAAGAAAGCACCACCUGACCUGGUUUCUUUGACCGAGAGAAACGAUGGAUUCGCACAUGUUAGGCAUCAAGGCCUGAAUGUAGAUAGAGUAAUGCAAUUGGAGCAGAACAUGAAAUUUUUACAGGAACAACAUCAGGCAACUUUGGUUGCCUUACAUCAAGAAAUAGAAUGCUUACGUCAAAGAAACAGAGAUCUGCAAUUUCAAUUAGUAUUUUCCAAAAGAACACCCUAUGGUGCGGCUAGUAGUCCUUCUUCACCCGAAGAUAAUGGAAAUGGGUUUGCGAAAUCAAAGGGUAGCCCAACAUGUGUCAACGUAACACCUCUGCAAGUGGAACUUUUGGAGAAAGACUUACAAGACAUUAAAGUGUCAUUGCAAGAGGCAAAAACACAUAACCAGUACUUGUCGAAUAUUAUAGAGCAGCAAAAAAAAAAAUUGGACGUAACAGAAGACCAGAAGAAUAAAAUCGAAGUAGCGGACGUUGGAAUUCAAGUCGGAGAUCCCGUGCAAGCGAGCUUAGUUGUACUUUUGGAGGAAUCAUACGCGAUGGUGAAACGGUUACACAAGGAAAAUAUGGAUCAAAAGAAGGAAAUAGCUUCGCUACGAGCAGCUUCUUCAGCAAACAACGCUAGUACAAGCAGAGGUGGGCGCUCCCGUGACGGUAAUAAUAGUCAUUACAACCGUGGUUCGCCCACGAAUACGACACAGGAACAGAACUCUCGUAAAUUUCCACCGUUACCAAUACCGAGCUAUUGGCAUCGUAGAUCACCGAGAUACAGCACGAAUCGGCACGAGAAGCAAGAUCAUCAUGCAGAUACAGACUCGACCGUUUUACCGCAACUCCAGAAUGGUAGCGUGAAAUCAGCGGAGGCUGCCAGUUUCGAAUCACCGUCUUAUCGAUCGCGCGAAUAUCGCAAUUACGGCCGCGACGGCAGUAAUCGCAAGUACAGAGGUCAAGCAUCGCGAAGAGACAGCAAUCAUUAUUAUCAUUCUCGCGAUUUCAAAGAUAGAAAUUCCAAGGAUCAUCCGAGAGACAUGAACGACACUGGGGAGGGAUCGAAAGACGCGGAUCAUUCUCGGAGACAGUAGAUCGUAAAAUAUAUGUUACCGAUACAUAAAAAUUGAUGAACUUUAGUACUUUGAAGCGCAUUAAGAAUUUCGAUACUAUAUACCAGUUAUAAGACUUAUUGAUAACCAGUGAUCAAUGUUUUCUUCACUGGUGCUGCUCGAUUACAACAGUCUCGUGCAUAUAUAGCAUGUAACAAGAUAGCGACGACGAAUGAGUAUAAACUGUACGAUUUUCGAUAGAAUACUGUCUGUAUAUGCUAAUUUUACUCGUUAUAGGCUGCCAUAAAAAAAUAUAAAAACUCGCGCUUUGUAGAUUGACCGAUAAUCAGCAGAGUGUUUAGCGAAAGACUUUUUGCUCUAGAUGAGAUUUUUCUUCCUACAGAAAAAAAAAACGAAAAAAGGUACGACCAAAAGCUCACUGUAAGGCUAACUUUUUGGCUAAAGCUCAUACUUUACAGACUUGAGCUUAAUAUGCGUGCAAUAAUCUGAUAUGCUAUCGAUGCAUCCCAAACAACACAAAGUCGAAAAUUGUGACAUAAGACGUCUUUAAGUCGUCUUUUAUAUGCAAAAAAUGUCUUAUGACCUGAUUUUAGACACUUUUUGUUGUCUGUGAUGUGUGUACUGUAUUAAACUUUUAACUUUUUUC